GGAGGGUAAUUGCUGUAAUGGGCAAUGUUUCUGUAAAAUGUGAAGAAGAAGCUGUUCAAUACGACGAGCUCCUAGUCAUUCAACCGCUCCAGUGAUUCUGCCAUGAUCAGAUGUUCGCUUCCUACAAAAAAAAAGAAAAAGAAAAGGUGAUCAAAAGGCAACACAGACAGAAAAUGUCUGAGGAGUAGUUUAAUAUUUCUUCCUUCACGGUUGCUAUUAAGUGUCGUCGAUGAGGGACUGCUGUUCAGACCACCAGGAAUACAUUUGAGGUGCGGCGAGUAGUCAUCUGUGGAGGUUCCGGGCUGUCGUGCUGUCGCUUGCCGUGCCAUGCCCCGCGAUGCGGCUUUCGCCUGGGGCUCUGACCAUGCUGUGGCGCCCUUGUCGCUGAGCUGUCCUCCCAAGGCGGUGAAUGGCAGACCGUGGCCAUGUCGCCCGCCGCCGUUCAGGAGGAGCGCUCGGCCGGGGACGCUAAGGCAGAUGAGAAACGGCGCGCAGCCUGCGUGCAAGGGCGGCUGUACCUGCUCCGGAAGGCGACCGGGCGCUGCACCGAUCAGCUCCUGAAACGCACGAGCUGCGCGCCGGGCGGGAGUCGCGUGCUAAAGAAGUGGGCUCGCGAGAACGAGGGCUUCUGGGGUUUCGUCGUCCGCCACUGCAGCAUCGGCGAGCAGCUCCUGGAGGCGCUGCAGGCGCGCCGAGAGCAAGAGGCCGGCCGCUCUGGGGGCUCCCGGCCGGCCACGCCCCCCGCCGCCGCCGCCGCCGCCGCCCGCCCUCAGCCUUCGACGGUGAACCGGCGCCGUUCCGGCGGGCACGGGGCCCCGUCGCCUCAGUUGAAUCUCGCCGUGUCGGUGAUUCGCGGUACGCGCAUGCGCAGCAGAACGGCUCCCGCUCAGCCGCCUCUGUCUCCGCGAGUGCGGGACAGGCUGUACAAGAGAUGA